GCCAGAGGAGAAAAAGAAGUCAGUUUCACUUUCAGGCCUUUCACUGUUAUGUUCACUAUGGAUUCAUAUUCGUUGCUUUUGCAAUUGCCUCAGCUCUUCCUCUGCCAGUUCCUGGCCAUGGAUUCCAAAACCUCUUCAACAUCAUCUUUGUCAAACACCCCUUGAUGUUGAGAUGCUGAGUGUAGUCCCUGGCAGAGCUUGUGGGUGGGCGCUGCACCCGAGGCGUGCACAGGCCUCUCUCGAGUCUGCCGUAAAACAAUCCGCUGAACGCUGUUACGGCGUUUCAACUUUUGUCGUAAAAGGCAAACGCGGAAGUCGAAAAGUGUCCUCGAAAAGUGUCCUCGAAUUUCUCUCAUUAGGAAAAACAGGUGGUGAUAUAGUUCUCUCACAAGAAGGAGAAGUUGAAGCAAUUUUUGAAAAGCAGGAGAUACCUGUCUAACAAGCCAGUAAUCUACUAUAGUAAUGACCCAUGACAACAUUGAGGUCACUCUCCUGUGAUUGCUCACAGCUAUGUUCUACACACCUUGGAUAAUGCCAGCUCAACAGGUUUUAAAAUCUGCAGGAAUAGUACCUUUUGAAGCCAAAUGACAAAUCUAUCAGAGGUUCAAGAAGCUACAGUUAGAAGAAAGGACAAACCAGGCAAUAGAUAUCUAAGGAAGCAGAACUUAGAGUGAGGAAAUGGCUAAAAGGAUGAGGAGCAGCAGAGUGAUAAAAAGGCCAAGUUCAGCAUACUAGUUGAAACGGAAAAUAUCUCUUCUCUAGUUGAAGGAGAAGUUCUAGAUCAAGAGGAAGAUAUUCAAGACACAAUUAACACUUACUCUGAAAAGUAACUGAGAACCCCUGGAGGACUGUAGCACCUCAGAAAUCUAGGGGACAAGAGCCAGGAUGGAUGAUCAAGCAUGGUAUUUGAGAACUUCAAAGUUGGCUCUGGCCUUGGCAAUUAUCCAUUCAAAACCAGCAGACAAAAGCAGCAGAGAACACACAGAGCACCUUGCAAGGGUGGUGUCUGGGCAGGAGUCACAGUGGAGUUCAAAGGUUGAAGCUUUAGAAGCCGAAGUUCUGCAAUUACGUCAAAAACUUCUUCUGAGCAGCAUUUGUUCAGGAUCAUUUAAGAAUGGAGACUCAUCGCUGCAGACUCAGGAGCCUAGAAGUUCUGAAAAUACAUUAACUUUCCUGGAAGAUUCUGGGUGUGAUAUGUCAAAUGAACAGAGAACAGAACCUUCAGAGAUGUCCCAGCACUCUGUGGAGAGCUGCGCCCCUCUACUCUUUCCACCACUGCCUAUUUCGAAAGGACAUUGUGCUACUCUGGAAAAUCCUCUGUCUUCUCACAUGCAAUUCUUGCAGCGUCUGCUUCAACUGAAGUGCUUGACAGAACCAGGAAGUGUGAAAACAGACUUAAGCCAUUUUUCAAACAACUCUUCCACAGUGUCUGAUUCUGUUCUUCAUUUGCUAGAUGGCUUGAUCACAUUUUACCGUAAACCCAAAUUUCCUUUUUCAAGCUUUUGGACAGAAGCUGUUGAUACUUUAGCCAACCUGAUCAAUGAUAGUAACUUAUCCAGUCAUAUUUUUAAAAAGUGCUACAAGAAGUUGGAAGAAUUUGAGAAAACUCUACUACAAGUUAUUUUAAAGAACAACCAAAUAAAUCGGUUUCAGAUGCAGCAUUGUCUCUCUCAGAAUCUGGUAACUCUGGGAAGUUGCAGCUUGUUGAGAAAAUCCAUAAUAUCUCUGCUUCUAUCAGAAGUAAAUAGUUUUGCUGAUGAUCUGGGCACCUUCAUUCAGGUGCAAACCAGUUAUGAUGUGACACGCUAUGAAAAUAUUUUUUCCCUGUUUUGGGUUCUGGAGCAGCUUCUUCUAAAGGAGACUAAAGAAGAUAACAAUUCAGAUACAGGGCACAAUGACCAAGAAAUCAAGAAAUUUCUUCACAAGCAUGAUGAAAUUAUUUUCCAACUUUCUGAUACAUUUCCUUUAUUUACUUUUUAUUUGUGGAGACUGGGAAUUCUCUUAAACUCAGAAGGGAAAGAAACUUGAAAAUAACUCUCUACUUUAGCAAUAUACAAUUUCAGAAGCAUAUUAGCAUACUAAGUUGAAUGUGUGAAGAUCUUUUGUUUAAAAGAUUUUCAAGAAUAUUUUUAAAUGAGCAUUUUAAAUCUAUCUCAAAUCCAAUUAUUAAUUGAAUUUAAUGAUGUUAAAUUGUAUAUAAAUGAUUAUGGAUCACAUUUCUAUAACAAUCAGCCUGUUUCAGUUGAGAAUGCAUUUGAUUCUCAUGUAACUACACCUGACAAUAUGUUACUUAAACAUAGUUUUACUCUGUUAUCUGAAAUAAAUCAUUAGUUGACUAUCUCAUGAAGAGGUUUACAUUUUGAAAGAUUCCCAUGUAAUAGAUUUAAAAGGUAAAAGAAGGCCUGUUUUGUUGCUUUAUCAAGAGUAAUAAGUGGUUUUUAAAUGUCAUUUUUAAAACAUUUUCCUAUCUACCUUCAUUUGUAUCAUCUUACAUCCUUUCAUGUCUGUCAUCAUAGAGGGGACUGUGUCGAAGGAGAAGAGUUUUUAACAUUUGGAAACCUAAUGGCCUUUAAUUAAAUAAAACCAAUGUAUUAGUAUUUACAAAUUUAGU